ACUCGGGGCGGAUAACUCUUCUGUGUAAGAAUUUUAUUUUCCAGUAUAUUCUUUGUCACUUCUUUCUACGGUUUCAUUGUUGAUGCACAGUUCUAAGAGUUCUUCGAAAAAUUAUUAAGUACUUGUACAGUUUGAAUCAUAGAGAAUGUUAAUUUGUGCUAGAAAACUUUUUUAUUAUGAAAAUAAUAAAGCAGUUCGUGCUAUCAGGAGGAGAUUCAUUUGGAGUUCGUUGUAUUCCACGGGCGCAUAUUCCGCACGAUCUACACAAAAACACAGAGUGCUGUUUCUCGGAACGGAUCUUUACUCAUUAUACGCUCUAAGGCCCCUUCUCGCGCACCUCACGAAUUCCGAUGUGGCACGCAUCAGUCACCUUGGAGUGUGCUCGAAAUUUGCCGAACCUGGCUGUGAAGUGGCGAAGCAGCUGAAACUGAGGGGAACUCUGGAUAACAUCUCUCUUGUGAAUUACAGUCCGCAGCGCGCUCCUGUCGAUUGGGAUGUUGGAGUGAUUGCGUCCUUCGGAAGCUUGAUACCACCUUCAUUUAUAAAAUCAUUUCCUUACGGAAUCAUAUGUAUACACCCAUCGCUCCUUCCCCGAUGGCGAGGAGCAGCACCUUUGAUGCGAACCAUUUUGGCAGGGGAUACCGUUAGUGGAACGACGCUGUUUCACAUUUCCCCUGAAAAAUUUGAUACGGGUCCCAUUAUUUCUCAGGAAAAGCGUAAUGUCCCACCACAAGUUACGAGCCAUCAGCUUGGACGAAUGCUCAUGGAGCUUGGGGUGGAAAUGUUUCUAGACACCUUAAAAAAUCUACCCGAAGCUGUGGAAAAUGCUGUUGCGCAGCCAACUGAAGGGGUUACAUACGCCAAAAAAAUUCGCCAGGCUGAAACGUUUGUCGACUGGAACUGGCCAGCGGAUUAUAUUGAUCGCUUUUUUAGAGCUUUAGGAGAAGAUUUUGGCGUAAGAACUAUGUGGGACGAUCAGAUCGUGAAAAUUAAUGGAAUCGUUGAGCCAGCCAUUGUCCACAAAGCACGAAUCGAUGAGUUAGUGUCAGAUGGAUCUUUUCCUGGUAGUUUAUUCUUUCAUAAAAAAAGGGACAUUUUAUUUGUUAAGUGUAGGGAUGGAUGGGUUGGAAUUACCGCGCUGUACAUGCCUAAUCGUAAGCCGAUGAAUGCUAAAGAUUUUUAUAAUGGCUUUUUAUCGCCCAACAAAAAUAAACGAUUGUACUUCGAAGCAAAUGCUAAUUGUUUGGCGAAGUCAUUAAAAAUCCGAGCCGGUUAUAAGAGCAGUAAUUAA